AUGGAUGAUGUUACUACUAAUGACGAAUAUUUUCCACAAAGAGCUGAUGCCACGGGUAGACAAAGUCUUUCACCAUUGCAAAUAUAUAUUGCCGCCAUUAGGGUGUUGGCAUAUGGGGCAUCAGYUGAUGCAGUUGACGAAUAUUUGAGAAUGAGUGGAUCCACAACAAGAGAAGCUCUCAUGCACUUCGUAGAUGGUGUCAUCUUAUGUUCCGGUGGCGAGUACCUAAUAAUGCCUAACAAAGCUGACUUGGCAAUACUACUCUAUGUUGGAGAUCAACGUGGAUUCCCGGGUUCGCUUAAUGAUAUUAAUGUACUCCACCGAUCUCCUGUUUUUAAUGAUGUAUUGGCAGGCCGGUCACAAAAAAUUAGUUAUGUCGUGAAUGGUCACGAAAAUGAUAGGACGUAUUAUCUCACUGAUGGCUAUAUCCUUCAUGGAUUGCAUUAUCAAGUCAGUUACAUCUCCCCAAAUGCGGAAGCACAAGUUAUUUGCUCAAGUUCAAGAGACAUGCAUAAAAGAUGUUGA